CAUCUUUAAAGUUGUACCUACUCUUUCUAGUUCCGCUUUUCGGCACCAGGUGGCGAAAUAGUAAACCACCAUUCCCAAUAUAAUAAUUGUUUUCCAUUUUGAAAUUCGCUCCAACUGCGACCAACGAGCGCGCGACCCUAUCGCAAGCGCAGUAGCUCAAGGUGCUCACAUUGGCAUGCGUCGAUGCGUCAUGAGCGGGUCUCUCAAUAAGAGGUGUUAAGAGUGGAUAAGAGGGCUUUAAUGGUUUCAAUUCUCAAUUUUUGUUGAUUUUUCUCGUUCGUAUAGUACCUAAACUUUUGUUUCAUACGCGUAAUUCAUGGGUGCACAACUUCUGCAGGCAUGUAAUUGUUAAAUUUAUGCCAUUAAAAGUCACUCGCAUUAUUCAUAGAGAAAUUCGGGAUCAUUGAAGCGUUAUAAAAAAUAAGUUAUUCAUACUUUUUAUGUGAACAUUGUGCUGCAUUUUCCUGUUUAUGUACAUAGUUACAUUAGAAGCGGUAAGUGAAAAAAAUACUUCGACAGAAUGGAAUCAGUUCAGAGUGAAUCGGGAAAUGACAAUCCAAAAUACGAGCCUCCUAAAAGGAAAAGGAAAAGAUUUAAUUUUCAAGAGAAAGAAAAAAUUGUACAAGAGGCGAAAACAAAGGAUAUGGAGACGAUUUGCAGAAAGUAUAAAAUCGGCGAAAGUACUCUGCGAAAAUGGAAAAAGCAGGAAGACGAUAUUUUUGAUUGUGCGAAAACUGUUAAUCUGAAAAACGCGAAAAAAGCAACGAACACAGAAGAGCUUGACUGGGCGAUGUACGCAUGGCUAAUGGAUUUUCAAAACAGAGACAUUCCUGUCACUGGUCCAAUUGCAAGACAGAAAGCUCUGGAAUUAAAUAAAAAAUUACGAGGACCAAAUGACUUUAAGGCUAGUAAAGGCUGGCUAGAAAAAUGGAAGAAAAGAAUGAACUUGAGUGCUCUGAAAAUUACAGAAAAUAAUUCCAGAGUCAAAAGAUUGAAACAAACUGCCGUGCCGAGCGUAAAUUUAGGUUUGGAAGUAAUAGAUAUUGAAUCACCAGUAAAGAAAAUUAAAACUGAAAGUAGUAAUAAAACAGAAGAAGAAGAAAACAAAAGAACGAACUCUUUUCAAGAAAAAAAUGCUUUCGAAAUCGAAAACAAUCAUAACGAUGAGGAUAUCUAUACUGAAGACGUCAAGAUACUUGAUGAACCUUCAGAAGAAACUCUACGACGUGCUAUUCUGGAACUCGACGAGCCGAUUCUGCUACGUAACAUAAUACGAAAAUUAAAUGGAGAAAAUAUUUGGAAUCUUCUUGACUGGGAUUUAAAAACGUUAGCCAAAAAAUUUGGAAAUGUACAGUUACCUUUUCGAACAGGACAUAUUGCGCAAACUUCCCGACCACAGUGGGAAGUCGAGUGUCCUAUGGAGUGGUUCACAAUGAAAGAUUUUAUAAAGAAAAAUGAUUUUGAAUCUUGGUAUUAUUUUGACUAUAAAUAUAUGCAUGAGUGGUGCAAGAAUUCUCCCGAAAUUCUUCAAUCUCUAAAUUGGAACAGAUUUGGUUUUGAUUUGGAUGGGAAAGAUUCAACUAUUUGGAUAGGAAGCAAAGGUGCUCACACAAAUUGCCAUCAAGAUUCUUACGGAUGUAACUUAGUGGCUCAAAUACACGGAAAGAAGGAAUGGAUACUUUUUCCUCCCGAGGCAGCCGAAAGACUCAAACCAGUUAGAGUGCCUUACGAAGAGUCGACUAUUUACAGCUCAAUAAAUUUCUUUUCACCAUCUGAGGAUGAAAUUAAAUUGCUGAAAAAUAUCCCUGGUGCGAGAACCGUAAUUUUAGAUCCUGGGGAAGUUUUAUUGGUUCCAAAAAGUUGGUGGCACUAUGUGGAGUCCUUAAAUUUAAGCGUGAGUGUCAACGUCUGGUUGCCUUUGGAAACUGAUUCCAAAGAGAGACUUAAAGAGGCGCUUGUUAAAUUAAUAGUGAAUGGGAUCGGAAAAAAUAUCCCCAGCGCUUCAGAGAAUUCAAAGUGCUCAGUUUCUGACUGCAUUAAUUUUGUAAAUAUAUCCCUUGAAGAGAUUAAAACUCAGAAAGAGUCUUCAGCUUCUUUUAAAAACAACAACGAGACACUUUAUUCUGCAAAAUAUUUGACGGAAGAAUACCCUUUCUGCGUGUGUUCACUGCAAAAUUUCAGCACUGAAAACUUGGAAACUUUUUUUUUAAAAAAAAGGAAUCGAUUUUCGAGAAGUAUUGAUAAUUCAAAGACUUCUUUCGUAAAACUAGAGGAGCCUGAUCCGUCGAAUCAACCUUUAAUAGAAAAUAUUGUAAAUGCAUUUUGUAAUUUAGGAACAAUUGAAAAAGUGGCAGAUUUUUUGUUGAAUGGAAGUUCUCGCUGACAAGAGUACUUGAUUGCGUGAGAAAUAGUUUGUACAUAAGUCAUAUUUUUGUAAUUAAAGAGAAUUCAUGAAAUUGA